GCCGCGCCCCCUCUUGCCUCGCUGCCCCUGGCCCGCGGCCGCCCCAGCCCGAGCCGUGGCCCUCCGCAGGGCCCCGUGCGCCCCUUGGCUGGCCCCGCUCCAAUCGGCGGGCCGCGCGCCUCUUCUGCCCUGCCUACGGAUGGUCGCCGCGGGUGUGUUCCACACGGUCCUGCUCCGGAGCGACGGAACGGUCGCAGCCCGCGGUCAGAAUGUGUACGGCCAGUGCGACGUGCCGGCGCUGGAGGGAGGCGUGACCUACACGCACGUCGCCGCGGGUUGGCUCCACACGGUCCUGCUCCGGAGCGACGGCACGGUCGCGGCCUGCGGCCAGAAUGCGGAAGGCCAGUGCGACGUGCCGGCGCUGGAGGGAGGCGUGACCUACACGCACGUCGCCGCGGGUGGGCGCUACACAGUCCUGUUCCGGAGCGACGGCACGGUCGCAGCCUGCGGCCAGAAUGCGCACGGCCAGUGCGACGUGCCGGCGCUGGAGGGAGGCGUGACCUACACGCACGUCGCCGCGGGUCAGUACCACACGGCCCUGCUCCGGAGCGACGGCACGGUCGCGGCCUGCGGCCAGAAUGCGGAAGGCCAGUGCGACGUGCCGGCGCUGGAGGGAGGCGUGACCUACACGCACGUCGCCGCGGGUGGGCGCUACACAGUCCUGUUCCGGAGCGACGGCACGGUCGCAGCCUUCGGCCAGAAUGAGCACGGCCAGUGCGACGUGCCAGCGCUGGAGGGAGGCGUGGUUUACACGCACGCCGCCGCGGGUCCUCACCACACGGUCCUGCUCCGGAGCGACGGCACGGUCGCGGCCUGCGGCCAGAAUGCGGACGGCCAGUGCGACGUGCCGGCGCUGGAGGGAGGCGUGACCUAUACCGCGCGCCUGUUUGGAGUUAAGCUGCUCCUGCAGGCAUCAUUCGACGGCGUCUCACUGCGCUUUCUGACUUUGGGCGGGGUGGAGCGCUGCCGACUCCUGGUCGCCCCUGGUGCUCUGCUCGCAGAUGUGCACCACCAGCUGCUGGAUGAGAAUGCCGCAGGGAGGCUGGGCCCUGGAUUCGACCGUGUCGACGCCGUCUUGCCAGACAGGCUGCUCCUGAGUGAGGCCUCGGUCGACGAGACUGUCGCAAGCGUUUUUGGGCCCGCUCGGGGCGGCUAGAAGCAGAAACGCCUGGUUCGGCGGUCCUCGUGCUUUUCCUGCUUUGCCCAUCACGCUACUCUUCCUCGCACCGCCACUCACCCUGGAGUCUCUUCUGCGGGCUUUACUUCUGAGCCUCUGCUUCCGAGUCAAUGGUCAGCCGGAGCCACGCCAGCCAGGCAGCCUGUUCCCUCCUUCGCCGCACCAUCUUCCUCCCUCAUCCAUCUCUCCCUCCCUGCCUUCCUCUUUCUCCACCUUCUCCUGCGCCCCUUCCAUAAUUGGAGAACUCGUCGUCUGACCACCAGGCGUGUUGGCAGGGCGCGCCAGGCAUUUCGCCUGGGACUUCCUCCACUUCCAUGACCCCGAAGCGUCAAGAUUCUUAUCACUUCAAGGAAGAAGGAGGGCUGCUUUUCAGAAUGAGAGUCCUUCCUGAGGGCCGCGCGCGUUCGUCUUCAACGUAACUAUAUAUCGAAGACGCCUACGGCGAAUCACCGCCGCCCCC